UGUAUAGAGAAGAAGGAUAUUGCUGCGUUCGCGGAAAACUGCCGGUGUGUUUUAAGCACGCUAUUUAAAUAGCGACCGUUCGUCGACUGUUGGUGGAAUGGAUUAUGCUUUCCGACAAGAUGAACAUUCCAUCUCGACCACGACGGCCGCGGGCCUGGCUGAAGUUAAUACAUGUCGAUAUUUAUAUAGAUUUACAUACUAUAUUCUUUCUGGUCCGUGCUGAAUUCAUGUGAGAGAACGGUUUUGCCAUCAGAGUACAGAGACUGAGGGAAGAAGAAAGGUCUGCCACCGCGAGUGUCUCGUUUUCACUUCGUAUUGCACUAGUCAAUACCUAUAACUUCUCAACCUACAGCGAUCGGAUGAUGACGACAAAUGUGUGGUGACGAUGAUGAGUUCGAGUUAUAUAGUUCCUUCAUAGGUAUCUGUUUGUAUGGUGCAAUGAUAUGAGGAUUUUUUUAUUUUUAUUUGAUUUGAGCAAUAUUAGAGAUUAGUAGACACCACUUCGCGCGCAAACACACCAGCCGGAGCAUAUGCCUCCCAACACACAUACAAAAGACGAUAGCAGAACGAUCGAACAAAAAUUGUUUCGGCAAAACAUAGUAUUUCAAGGUGGAGUGGGAGUAAUAGCAGAAGCACUAAGCUAUAUAACUAUUCUCUAUAAUGAUCGCCUUCUUCGGGACCGUUUAGCGAUCGAUGAAGAAUUCAAAGAAUGUGCUGGGCAGGGGACUCACGCAUGUGCACAUAUGCGAAUGCCAUAUAAUUUUGAUUUAGAAUAUUGUUUGUGUUGGAGACAACACAAGGUAUAUAAAUACGCUUCAAAUACCGUUUUUGCACUCUCCUAGCUUUGAGAAUUGUGUAGUAUCUCUUUAAAAGCGUAAAAGCGAACAACUUGAAUAAAUGAAUACAUCUAAUGAUCCCCAUAUAAAUGCCGUGUUUCUACGUGAAUAUGUACGAAGGAAGGAUGGUUGUAGGAUGGACACUACUAGCCACCCCAGAGAUUACAAGAAGCAGAAACCCAAAUCAAAGGGAAAAAGUGUGCGGGUUCUAGUGGCGAUGGUUUUCCGUGUGGAGGCAAAACAUAGGAGAAAGGUUAUUUAUAUAUAUACAAGAAAUCAAAUGUGUGUAUCAAACAUGGUUUAGCUAGUAAGAGCCAAGAAGAGAGAGACCUAGCAAAGGUAUAGUAAUGGAUGCGCGCACCAUCUAUUGCCGUUAACCACUUCAUUUUAUGGCACGAUGACACGCUGUUCUAGUGCUGGAAGUAAGAGCUUUCCUUUCCGUUUUGCUGCCAACUUUUUGCGCCAUUUACUGUAGCGUAGUAGAAAGAAGAAAAUGAACAAAAGAAAGGAUUUAGCGGAAGCGCCAGCCCACGUUUAGCGUUAGUUUUUCUCCGAAGUAGCUCCGUUUCGAGGUGGAGGUGCAUGGUUGUAUAUUUGGUCCUGGUCUAUCUGAGGCUUCAAUGUGUUUUAUCUCCUCAGCUUAAUUUCAUAACCCUGCCAGGUCAAGAAACAACUGUACCAAGCAUUAGGAGAGAUACCGACCAUCUACCGUCAAUAAUACCAAAAAAUAAUAACUUUUUCCACGUCCUAUUCGAACACCUCAAUUUUGUUAACACUGAUAUAAAGCUUCUAAAAGGAAAGCAUUUACACACCAAGCGAAACAAUAAUAUCCUAGAACGAUUAAUAGCAAAAAAAGGUGGCAAGUGCUAAGCAGAAAGGCAAAAGUAAAGACAACAAGGACAUAGAGCAAUAGUUAAAUGAAUUUUCUCGAAUCACAAAUCAAUACUCCACGAAAAGGACGAGAGGUGAGGUUGCACUUGCUCCAAACUCUCUUUGGGUGAAAUUCAAAAGCCAGCAACAACGCCAGAAUGGUUAAACCUAGAUGCGUAUUUAUGCGUGAGCCCAAUCUACAGUACAGAGGGCGGUAGAAAUGUGAUUGAGGAUCAAGCGCAAGUGUGUCCCGAGGUGAUGAUGGGAUAAAGGAGUAAAAACGGAGCACAACUUUUCACCGCUGGCCAUGUCCUACGAGGGAAAUGCGGAGAGGGAAGGUGCACAAGCAUGUAGCAAAUCUAAAAUUGAGAAUGAGCUGCAAUACGCAAACACACAGAAACUCACACAUUAAUUGGGCAAAUAAAAGUGCUUCAAAUAUUAACUACGAAUAUUCUCUGCUUUAUUCGUCGACAAGCAAUUUCGCCACCAUUACCAACCUUA